CCGUUUGGUGGCAGCUGAGCUAACUGAUGUUUUGUCUGUGUGUGUCAGAGAUCGAGUCGGUCAAGCUGGCCCGUCUGGUCUUUAACCAGCUCUUUGAGAUGUGCUGCCUCUGGCUGAAAGAAAUGCCCUUCCACCGCCGCCCACAGCCGUACUACGAAACGUCCAUCCACGCCAUCAAGAACAUGAGGCGCAAGAUGGAGGACAAGCACGUCAUCAUCCCAGACUUCAACACGCUCUUUAAUGUUCAGGAUCAGGAAGAGCAGGCUUUCUUUGCUGUGUUUGAUGGACACGGUGGUGUUGAUGCUGCCAUUUAUGCCGCUAACCACCUCCAUGUCAACUUAGUUCAUCAGGAAGCCUUCGGCCAGGACCCUGGAGAGGCCCUGUACCGAGCCUUCAAACUCACUGAUGAGCGCUUUGUGAAGAAGGCCUCCCGAGAAGUAAGUACAAGUACUUCUUACCUGGGCAGUUAUUACUUCUACUAA